AUGGCGAACCAGGAGCAGCAAGCGGUAUCGGUGCCUCGGAAGCUUUGGCAACACCCAGACCCCGAAAGCACUCAGAUGUACCGCUUCAUGCAGGACCUCAACCACAAACACAACCUCCAGCUCAAGACCUUCCGCGACCUGCACGCCUUUUCCCUCGCCCACCGCACCCUCUUCUGGGACGCCCUCUUCCGCGCCGCCAACCUCCUGCACGAAGGCACCUACACCACGGUCGUCGACGAGUCGCUCCCCAUCGACGCCGUCCCCCGCUGGUUUGAUGGCGUGCGGCUGAAUUUUGCGGAGAACGCGCUUUUUUCGAGGGGGUCGGCCGCUUCUGCUUCUUCUGAUGAUGAUGAUGAUGGGGUGGGUGGUGGUGGGGUGAGGGGGGGUGUGGGGGAAGGAGGAUGGGAAAGUGGCGGUUACGGAGGUGAGGGAGGGGGGGAGUGCGGUGAGGAGCGUGACGGCGUGGUGUCCAUCCCUCGGUACGAGGAGCCUAGGGAUAUCUCAAGCGUCCCCAAGGCAGAGACGCUGGCGUCGUUCCUCUCUGCCGCGCCCAAGAACGCCCCCCUGCCCGAGUUCGUCCGCGUCCCCUUCCACGAACCUUUCCUCAUCUGCUACUCGUCUGGCACGACCGGCACCCCCAAGGCCAUCGUCCAUUCGAUCGGCGGCAUCCUCGUCAACUACUACAAGGAGGGCGUCCUGCACGAAGGGCUUAGCUCAGACAGCGUCACGCUGCAGUACACCACCACGGGCUGGAUCAUGUACCUCGCCAACUGUUCCAUCCUCCUUCUCGGCGGACGCACCAUCUUCUACGACGGCUCGCCGUUCCAGCCGGACGCCACCAUCCUCCUACGGAUUACCGCCGAGCAACAGGUCACCAAACUGGGCAUCAGCCCGCGGUGGAUGUUCGAGCUAGCCAAGGCCGGCCUCCGCCCGCGCGACAUGUUCGACCUCUCGCGCCUGCACACCGUCACCUGCACGGGGAUGGUACUGUCAGAGCAGCUCUUUGAGUGGUUCUACGACGUCGGCUUCCCAGCCCACGUGCACCUGGCCAACAUCUCCGGCGGCACCGACAUCGCCGGCUGCUUCGGCAUCAUGAACCCGCUCGAGCCCGUCUACGUCGGCGGCACGCAGGGCCCCUCGCUCGGCCUGCACGUCGCCAUCUACGACUCACUGCAGCCAGACGGCGUGGUGGGCGAGGAAGUCCCCCACGGCACCCCCGGCGAGCUCGUCGCGGCCAACCCUUUCCCCAACAUCCCCUGCUUCUUCUGGGGCGACAACCCCCCCACUACCAACACUAAUAACAACACCAACACCAGCCCCGCCGCACCAGGCACCAAGUACCACUCGGCCUACUUCGCCCGUUUCCAACACGUCUGGGCCCACGGCGACUUCUGCGUGGUGCACCCCACCACGGGCAACAUCACCUUCCUGGGCCGCGCCGACGGGGUGCUGAACCCGUCCGGGGUGCGGUUCGGGUCGGCCGAGAUCUACUCGGUGGUGGAGCGGCGUUUCGCCGACCGCGUGCAGGACUCGCUGUGCGUCGGGCAGCGGCGGCCGCAGGACGCCGACGAGGCGGUGAUGCUGUUCUUGCUGAUGAAGCCCGGGGUCAGGUUUGAGAGGGGGUUGGUCAACGAGAUUAGGAGGGCGAUUGAGGUGGAUUUGAGUAAGCGGCAUGUGCCCAAGUAUAUCUUUCAGACGCCUGAGAUUCCGACAACGAUCAACCUGAAGAAAGUCGAACUCCCCGUCAAGCAGAUCGUUUCGGGGCGGACCAUCAAGGCGAGCGGCACGCUGGCCAACCCGCAGAGCUUGGAGUACUACUACCGGUUCGCCAAGGUGGAGGAGUUGGUCGGGCCCAAGGAGAAGCUGUAA